GUUAUUUCAUAAUUGCAAGUUUUUUUUGGAGUAUGUCAUGAUACGAUAGCCUAGCUUACAUGUACUCUAUACGAGCUAAUGUUACUAGCUACAGUAGCUAGCUAUCUUCUUUAGUUAGCUACCAACCUACAGUAGCUGUUCCAGCUACAACACCAAUUGGUGUCUUCAGUGUAUCUUAUGUUGUGCACAGAUCAACAGAUGGCGUCAACAAUAAUCUCCGUCCACACCACAGCCUCCCGCUUUGCCCUGCUCCAGGUCGAUUCAGAUUCAGACACAGAUUCAGAGUCAGGAAAAACUAAAAGUGGCCAGAAUUCUGGAAAGUCUCGGCCAGGAAAGGCAACCGGGGGGAAAUCCGCUGCGAGCAACGACAAGAAGAAGGAGAAGAGGAAGAAGAAGAAGGAACAGCAGCAGAGCGAGGCCAAUGAGUUAAGAAAUCUUGCCUUUAAGAAGCUCCCUCAGAAGUCCUCUGCCCCGCCCCCCACCCUGUCACUGCAGAGUGUGGCCAAUGAGCUGUUCCAUCCUGCAGAAGGAGACCAAGCCAUGCUCCCGGAAGGCUGGCAGCAAUGGAAGCAGAGAGACGAUCAGUUAACGAGUGAGCUGUACGAGGCAGACCUGGAGAAGGCGCUGAUGAUGAGUAAACUGGAGUUUGAGCAGCACAAACGGGAUGACGACAGCACUGACACUCCCUCCCCCAAGUCCAGAGGCACAGCAGGAGGGAAGAAGGAGAAGAAGAGGAGCCAGGGCAAAGACAAGAAGAUGACCGUCUCUUUGAAGGACUUCCAGGCUGACGGAGAUCAGCAGAGUAAGAAGCAGGAGAAAGAGGAGUCCAAGCCACCCACACCUCCAGAAGACCGGUUCUUCAACAAGCUUGAAGAUGACGUCAGCAAAAUUGUACAGCGGGAAAAAAGACGAGAACAGUUUUCCAAUAGCGCUGGCCUCGAGGUCACGACCUCAACAGAACACGAUUCGGACCCUCGAACUGAGCAGCUUAAGGAUGACCUUGAGAAAAAAGACCAAGAAAUAUAUAAGUUAAAGAAAGUAAUUUCACAAUGGGAGCUAAAAUACAAAGAAGUGAAAGCCAGAAACUCCCAGCUCCUGAAGAUGCUGCAGCAGGGAGAAAUGAAAGAUAAAGCAGAGAUCCUACUGCAGGUAGAAGAGCUGCUAAAUAUCAAAGAAGAGCUGUCUUCACAGGUGACAUCACUACAUGCCUCACUGGAACAGGAGAAGUCUAAAGUGAAAGGAUUACAGACAGAUCAGCCAAAACAUCAUCAGGGAAACCGGAAGGGAAAAAAGGGUUCAGAGCCCGAUCUAUGAAGGCCGUAAAGGAAAGAACGUCCCACUACAAGAGAAACAAUGAAGCUACGCACUCCUAUUCUUCAGGGUCUCCCAUGUUUUUACGGUUACUCUCUGCCUACAUGCACUACGCAUGCCUUGAAUAAUCACACACACACACACCCGAAGUCAUUUGACAGGCUUUUAGUAAACGGCUCUGAAUACAGAUAGGUUUUGUGUUGACUGACAUUAUCGCAGCUCCUCUUUUGUUGUGAUUCUGAAGCUCAAGUACACUGUCUGCUCCUCCAUUUCUCUGGUGUGAAUGAUGCCAAAUGACAAGUGUGAAAUGUUUGCUUUUUCUUUUCACUGCAAAAUAAACAACUUUUUCAGUGUAA